AUGUCGCUUCUCGAAAGCCAUCUUGAGCAGAUCGCGCUCUCGUCCAAUGCCAUUUCAGAGCUCCCCUUCCCCCCACCUCGCAUCUUCACCAAUGCUCUGCUAGGGUCCCAUGAUAUCACGGCGCUCAUUCGGGAUACGGAGGCUCAUGAGCGAGCUCUUUUUCAAACAGACCCCUCCGUGAAGCCCUCACAGCGACGAACCACGCGGCGCGGGACCACCUUGCCGUCGGAUGCAGAGGGGGAGUCUAUGGCCAGUCGCAUCUACUCGGCCAGAAAUAAUAGAAAUCAGUCGGCCGUUGCCAGGGUCUUGGGAUCAGACAUGAUGGAGGAGAUCAAACGAUCAACCGGUACUUCCAGCCGGGGAGGUCGCAGCGAAGUCAAUCUCGACGUACUACUUCGAGGCGCGGAGAUCCUCUGCGGUGUCUAUCCGGUUCCCGGUGCGAAUGAAAAGAUCACCAGCCUCCGCUACCGUCAUGAAUUGAUAACAGACUCCAUUCUUCAACUAGAAGAGCGUGUGGCCAAAAACGCGACCGAGUUGGAGCAAAUGAGCCACUCAUAUGGAAACGAGUACGAUGACUACGAUACAGCUCCUGUCGCACAGCCGGAGACGGCGGAGGUAACGGACACCGAUAUUGAGCGCGAGAUGGAAGAGAUCAGAGAGUUGGAAAGGAGAAAAAGAGUCUUGGAGAAUCGCGUCCAUGGAAUGGAACGUGACUUGGGAGAGUUGAUGGGAUAA